UGCUUUCCUGCUAUUCGGCUUUCGAGCUUGUUGCGAGCUGAUAGCAGCCACUAACACUGGAAUGGCGUCAGCGGGACAGAGGCAGCAAAGACCCACGUCCAUCGAAAUAAAUGGCGCCUCUCCCAUUUUAGAGUCGUCGUCUGAGCUGCUUAACUCGCUCGAGGACCACGAAGACGUGGUUUCCUGGAUAAACGACAUCCUCGGUGUCUCUGAGGAACCUACAGAUGCCGACCGACCUGCAGCCUUGACGGAGCUCGACCGACGCGUCUCGCAUCUGGUCGGGACCUUGGAGAUUGCCUCCGAGGACACUUCUGCCCAGGUCGACCGGCUCAUUGAGGACAUCUCGCGCGGUGCGUCCAGGCUCACGUACGACCUCCAUUUCAUGCGUGAAAGUGCGCUUUCCCUGCAAGGCAUUCUGGGCAAUGUCGAGCUCAAGUCCAAGUCGUCUCUCGGGACGGAGACGGAUGCUGCGUUGGAGAGACUUCACUACCUCGACACCGUCAAACGGAACAUGGAGGCUACACGAGAGGUACUACGGGAGGCGGAGAGCUGGAGUACACUCGAGAGCGACGUCACUUCGUUACUUGGGGAGAAGAACUACGAGAAGGCAGCGGAACGGUUAUCCGAAGCGUCGAAGAGUAUGGUCGUAUUCGAGAACACACCGGAAUAUGAGAGCAGGAGGACCCUCAUGGUCAGCUUGCAGAACCAACUGGAGGCGUCGCUAAGCUCUGCCCUCGUCGCUGCAGUCAACUCACAGGACGUCGCGGUGUGUCGCAACUACUUCUCCAUAUUCGCCAACAUCCGGCGUGAAUCAGAGUUCCGUAACUACUAUUACGGGUCGCGACGAGGCCCACUCGUGGAAGAAUGGCAGCAUACGCAUCUCCGCGACUGCGAUCCGACUUCACCUGCCGAGCCAUCCUCCAUCACUUUCUCGUCCUUCCUGCCGACUUUCUACGCAUCUUUCCAGAGGAUCCUGCAGACUGAAAGGUCGUCCAUUCCUGCUAUUUUCCCUGAUCCUCGACCGACGCUCUCCGCCCUCAUCACCUCCACUCUUUCCGCCCUCCAGCCAUCCUUCUCUCAGCGCCUCGAAGCGGUGUCGACCCAUUACGGCGCCGUCGCACUUCCCCAGCUGAUAUCGGCGUACCGCGCAACCGAAGAGUUCGCAACCGCUACCGAGAAAAUUAUGGAGAAGGUCAGCUACGCAGUCCCCAUUCCCUCUGGCGAGAAGCCUGCAGGACGCUUGCGCCGCCGCUCUUCUGCGCGUAUGUCGCUUUCGAUGGCGCGGCGCACCACCCGCGCUUCGAUCAGCGGAACUGGUGCUCUCGCACCUCUGACGCUUGAUUGGGACCAGGAGCUCUUCGAACCCUUCCUUGACUUUCAGGUGGACUACGCUACACUGGAAACACGCUUGGUUGAGGAUGCCCUGAAGGGCGCGCUGGCGGCCGAGUCUCGGGGUCGCGUCGACAAUGCGCGCCUGCUACGAGAGCGCGCUGUGGACAUCUUUGGAGUUGCCGAGGACGCUAUAGGGCGCUGUACGGCAUUCACGCAUGGAUACGGGGCGCUGGGUCUCGUGCAAGCGACAGACCGCCUCUUUGCCGCCUUCGCGGACGAAUCAAGGGCUGAGAUUGGGUCACGGCGCAGUGGACAGGGCGGCGGGUCCCUUGCUGCAUCCACGUCUGGCGAGGACUUGUCAGACCUCGACUACACCGCGGAGGAUUGGGCGGACAUUCAGGCCCUGCUACACUUUCUGGAGGCCGUUCGCACGCUGCUUGACCGGAUGGUCAUGUUCGAGUCAAAACUUCGUGCGAGUCUUGUUCAGAUCUCGACGACGUUGCGCCCGGCGAGGAACGACCCUGCGGGCAUAUUCGUGUCGGGGGCGAACAGGGGAAAGCUUCAACUGCUGAUGCAGUCCGGUCUCAACUCUGCGGAGCUGCAAGAGCUAUUGAAUAAAGUCGACCCGGAACCUUCUGUCCCGCAGACCGCGCGGGGCGAGACGUUCCUCACGCCUACUCCUCCGACGCCGGACCCCCGACGGUCCCCGCAUCUUUUUGCUAAUAGCCCUCCAUCCCUCGCGCCUCCCCCACCUCUUCUUACGGGUGGCCGUAGCGCGAUAUCUGAGUUGGCGAGGGUGUGUCAGCAAGCGCUGCAGGAUACCAUCCUGUCCCCUCUGCACAAAUACCUUGCGUCGUACGCAUCGUCUUCGCUAUGGUCCACGCCAGGUGACCCGAAGGCGAGGCGUCCCGCCACUUCAGGCAGCGCGCUGAGCGAAGUCCAGGUCCCCACCUUCUCGCUCUCGCCCAGCAGCACUAUGCAGCACGUCGCGGAAGGAUUGCUGAACCUGCCGCGGUUGUUCGAAGUGUACGCGGAUGACGAUGCGCUCGCCUUCUCGCUCGAGACUCUCCCGUUUCUAAAUGCAGAGAUGCUCCGGGGUCUGACGGAGCCCCCGCCCUCACUAGAACCGUCGCUCUCGUCGUCCAGCAUCUCGCACAACCGCCGAUCCUCCUCGCUCUCCCUGAAAGCUUCCCCCGUCUCCGCCGGGGGCUCCCCAGCGCCAGCAGCACCUCCCCCCGUGCUCACGCCAGAGGUGGUUUCAGCGGCGUGGCUGUCGUCGCUCGGGCUCUCGCUCGUGUCUCGCCUGACGUCAGACGUACUGCCACGCAUUCCGAAGCUCACGCCUGCGGGCGCGGCGCAGCUUUCGUCGGACCUUAGCUACCUGUCAAACAUCGUCAUGGCGCUCAACGUCGAGUCCCCUGAGCUGGAGAAGUGGCGGGAGUGGGUCGACCUCGACGACGCGGAGGGUCGUGUGAAGGUAAGGGAGGCGAGGGAGGCGCUCGCUCCUGGGGAGAAGGAGGAUGCGGUUAUGGCUGCGGUCGUUAGGUUAAGGGGGUGGGUUUAAAGUGCGUAGUCGUUCUCUUGAGUUCAGAUAUAGACUUGGCGGUUUGAACCGUUGAGUUACUGGCUUAAACAAUACCAUCGUUUCCUU